AUGGUUCAAAAACAUGAUGCAAACAUUAAUUAUAUUCAUGAAUACGGAUUUCAAAAGCCAAAAAAACGUAAAUCUGCACUUUUGGUUGCUGUUAAAAGAGGUUUAUAUGGAACAGUUGAUGCUAUAAUAAGUUUAAAUGCUGAUGUGAAUGUACAAGACCACAAAGGUAGAACUCUACUGCAUCAUGCUAUUAAAAGAGCAGAUUAUAGAAUGGUCAAACUACUUUUAUCACGUGGUGCGCAGGUUAUGUUGAAUGAUAUUAGUGGAAAUUCACCACUUCAUGUUGCUACAAUAUACGGACAUUCAGAAUUGAUUAAAUUGUUGCUUAAAUAUGGUGGGGAUCUGUACAAAAAAGGUCAAUAUGGAGCAAUCCCAAUACACAUUGCAGCCAGGGAAGGACAUUUGAGUAUUGUAAAACUUUUUUAUGAUUCUUAUGAG